AUGCGGGAUGGUGGGGGCGGGCAAUGGGUCCCCGAUGGGAUGUCUGGAGUCUUAGACGAAACCCAGGCAAGGAUUCCGGUCUGUUUUCGAGUGACUUGGGGAACGGUGCAAACUCGAGAUAUCCAGCACUGUCUCGAGCUUCUUCAUGUUGGCUUCUCGUUUUGGUUGUGUUAUGGUAGGAUGCCCGUCCAGUGUUAG